GAUAAUCAACUCUCUCUUUGCCUUCUAUGCUGAUGAAGUUUUUAUGAUGAAGCCUUGGACAUCACCAGGAAACAAUGGUUUGAAGCAGGGUUUUACAAACACAACAUAGAAACAGUGGGAACUGCGGUUUGGUGCUAGAUUUUUCAGAAAAAUACAUCUUGAAGCAGCUCAGUCAUUCUUAGCCGUGCUGAUUCCGAAAAUUGAAUGUCCAACAUCAUCUCUCACUUCAAAACAUGGUCUGUGCUAGCAGGCUUAUAACAAUGUUGAACAGAAUCAUAUCACCAUGUCUGGUUGUCAGGACCAUUCACUCCUCAACAUUAGAUUCAGUCAUACACGUACUCCACUUGAUGCUCUUUCAUCAAUGAUCAGAUUAAACCCAAACCUCCAUACCCGUACAUUUACAAUACAGCAAAAUCAAACCUGACACCCUUAAAAGAGGAACUUGCCCCAAAAGAGAGUGGAGUAGCAAACCCUGACACUAUGGCUUUUCACCCCUUUCCUCCAUUACCGUAGCCAAGCUCAUCGUUUUCUUCACCCCUUUCCUCCAUCGCACCAUCUCCAAGAAUAACCCAUUAGAAUCUUCAUUAAUUAACUAUCAUUUUUCUAGGGUUUAGUAAGAACACUUGGCGGGAAAUUUGUUGGUACGGGGUUUUGAAAAUUUUCUAGAUUUUUUUCCAUUUAUUUCGAGAUGGCUUUUGGGUGUUUUGGAUCUUCAAGUAAAAGUGUAAUCCAACCUGGGUUAGUUGCUAAUAAUGAGGAUGAGGGUGUUGUUGAGGCUACCGAGGAUGAUGAUAUCCCUAUGUUUGAUUUAGCACAACUAGCUGCUGCAACUGAUGAUUUCGAUGAAUCAAAAAUUCUAGGCAGCGGAGGGUUUGGAAUUGUGUACAAAGGCACUUUAAAUGGUCAAGAAGUGGCUAUCAAAAGGCAUAGUACACACAAGAAACACCGCCAAGCAUUUUGGGAUGAGGUCAAUAUGCUGAAAUUGAAUCGUUUAAGGAAUCCGAACGUAGUCAGGUUGAUUGGUUAUCAUGCCACAGAUGAUAACUUGAUGAUGGUGUUGGAGCUCAUGCCCCUGGGCUCACUGGAUAAGCACAUAUAUGGUGUUCAAGAACAGCCUCUCAAUUGGAGUAAAGGUUAAAGAUAUUAGAGGGGAUUGCUAAGGCCUUAGAGUUUUGGCAUUCAGAUGAUAUAAUAUUUAGAGAUCUGAAACCCGCUAACAUUCUUCUUGGGGAAGAGUUUCAUCCGAAGUUAGCAGAUUUCGGCCUCGUGAAGUUUGGUUCUUCUGUCGAGGGUGAUCAUUAUAAUUCUAAACCUAAAGGAACGGCAGGUUAUCUGGACCACCGGUACUGUGCUGAUGGCAUGUGCAGUCCUAAAGUGGAUGUUUACGCUUUUGGGGUGCUCUUGUUUGAGUUGAUGACAGGGCGGAAAGCACUUGAGAACCAUUAUAGUAACAUUGUGAAUGUGGUCCAACCUUUGCUAUCAGCAAAUCGUCAUCGGAAGCUAGUUGACCCUCUUAUGAGAGGAGCUCCAAUGGGUGCAGCUCGAGAUGUUCUUCAUUUGGCACACAGGUGUAUAUCUGCCCCUGCUGAUAGACCCUCCAUGGCGGAAAUUGUUGCUUUUCUUUCUCAACUUUCUACACGUCGUAAAGUCUUCCAAUGCCUUUCUUGAAACUAUCAUGUCACUCAAAGUUUAUGCAGUGUGUCUAUAGAUUAGACACUAAGUAAUAGAAGAUCAUGAAUUCCAGGUUUCAUAGGCAUGCUCUUGCUGGUCUAGGUUUCAUAGGCUUUCGGUGUUUGCUGGUGUUGAAAAUAUAGACAUGUAUCAGGUACACAUUUUUGUUGGCAUAUAUUAGUUCCUAGUGGCAAACUGUGUUUUGAUAAAUGUAUGUUUAGAUUGCUACUUGUGUUGGAAGUAGUUCUAAAUGUGGUGCUGUGAGAAUGGAGCCAUUUGAAUAAUCUUGGUUGAGAUUGUUAGGAUUGAUACCUUAGAGUUAGAAGGUUAUUAUUGGGACGUCACAUUCCAUUAGAGGGGCGUCACCUAAUAGGACAAAAACGGGUCACCCGGAAGUAAUAUCAAA